AAGUAUUUGACGUCAGUUAAUUUUUCAUAGUUUUGAAGUAACCAUCAAAACGAUUACAAGUUUUUUGUUCGUACGCGAAAUUAAAAGAUGUUUUAAAUUUAAAAAGUAUAACGAGAAAGUUAUUGAGCGCUUAAAGCGACCAAAACAAUGAGGCGCAAGAAGCUUCAAAUUAACGCUCGGUAAUGGGCAACACUUUAUUAAGAUGUGUAGGUAAAAAGAAGAAAUCGCGCGUCACUCCAAUCGUUGACGUGUGUUACAACAAGUCUGCUACUGUUUGCGAAGAUCCUACACCAUACGUAUCCGCAAUCUCCCCGAUCGAAGCACCAAUCAAAGCUGUUGUUCAGACACCAUAUCCAGAAUUGCCAUCAAUUGCUGAAGAUGGUGGAGAGCUUCAACUGUAUAAGAAGGAGGAGCCUUGCAUUGACGACAGUGAAUCCGAAGUGGAAGAACCAACUCCAGUGUGCUUACGUCCAAGUUCAGCAAACACUAACCUUGUGAUUGUGAAGCCAAAGGUAAACCACGCUGAGCCAGAGAGUGAUGCAGAAGCAGGAACAGUGAUCAAUGUAAAAUCCUGCAAUAAUGCGUAUGCGGAAACAGAAGCAGAAGUGUUGGUUAGAGAAGAGCAAGAGCAAAUGGAAAAUGAGAUGAGAAAGAACAUUGCUAGGGCAGCACGUCAGAAAAGAAGGGAAGAGGUACAACGUGUGCGAUCGGAAAAUGGUAUCAACCUUGUGGAUACAGCCGCCGGUGUCCUGAAUUUGCUUAGCAAAGUUGAACUGUUACCAACUCUAACACCUACUCCUCCGCCAGUUCUUUCUCCAAUCCAUUCCCCUGUGCAAUCACGUGAUGCAUCACCUGAACGGUUACCUGUGGAAUGUUCUGCGCAACCUGAGGCACCAACAGUCAUAACUACACCAACAGUUCGAACACGCGGUGAUGGUAUGAGCAGACCAACAUCUCGCUUAUUCAGCAUCUCAAUUGACAUUCCACUGGUUCCGCGAGUAGAUACACCGAGACCAAAUAGUAAUUCACUAAUGGAGAAGAGCAAUAGUGACAUAAAUGUUACAGCUGAAGAGGAUUGCAAUGGUCCUGUUAUUAACAACAGUUUGGUUAGUGGGAAACAACCGUGGUUUCACGAACAAGUUGUUUUGAACAAGUUAGAAUUAGCACAGAACGCUGAAACAGAAAUUGCAGACAUAACAUCGGAAGUUAAAAAGAAAAAGAAGAAGAGGAAGAAGAAGAAAAAGAAAACAACUGGAGAGAAUGAAAUCGUGCUAACAAACCAGCUGAGCAUGAAGAAGAUUGAGCAGUUUCUCGAAACACGAGAACAUAUCGAUAAAACAGAAUUUGAUUUGGUUGUUCAAAACCUUGUCAAUUCAAACGCUGGACAGGAGAUAUUCCCUGAAUCUAGAAAAGGCAUUCCAUUUGCGCAUUCUACAUAUAAGAUCCCUAGAAUGCCUACACUACCAACUACAUUCCCUUCAAGGGAUGAUUCCCAGAAUGCAUUUGCAGCCGCACUUCACACCACCAGGUCAGCGGUUACAAGUCGUUUUCCUGUAAUCAGUGACCGAACAAUGAAUGAAAGAGAGACGUUUACAUCUGGUAGAGAGUUCAUGCGUAGGUCACCAGUUGGAGGAAACGUAUAUAGCAUAGCGAAAUUACCUGGCGUUGCAGAAAACCAUGCCAGUUUAGUCAACAAAGCACCAACACAGAAAGAUUACCAUACUGGACUAGCAACUUCCUUCAAAAGUCAAAAGUCAUAUGUUUUUAGCCGAAAUAUCAUUGACUCGAUUGUGCAAGGAAGCAAUGCAAGUAUGAAGAGCGAAAGAAGCAGAGUAGGCAAGGCAUCUUCGUCCCGCCUUCCCGUCGUUGCUAACAACUGUAUGAUGGGAGCGACAGCACGUGACCCUUUGCCUUUCCCUGAAGAUGACGUCAGUGCAGAAGCAUUAAUCUCUUGUUUCCAUGGUAAUUCACACAAAGACAUGGUUGAAGUGGAACCUUACAAUGGAAACUUAAGCAGUCUACCACCCAUCUUGAGUAAGCCGUUAGUGUCAUCACAUGCUGUCACUGGUCGGAUUGAAAUUGAUGACAAUGAAAUAAGAGAAUUGUUUGGUUGUCAGGAUGAUCCGUUAACACAAAUACAGCAGCUACGAAAUACACGGUAUGAUAAUGGCCCACCAUCGUCAUUGAUAUGCCAACACAAAGCCCUUCAACAGUCAUGCAAAUUUUGCAAUCGACCACCAUCAAGAGGAGGCCGGGUGUUGAUGAAUUGGUUAAACACCAAAAAAUUGAAACGCCUGAAAAAACAACGCCCACCCGAUGAAUUCAUCGAAGAAUGA